AUGGCAACGUUCGUCAUGCAAUCAUUGGGAUGUGAAGUCGCCGCCAUAAAUACCGUCCAUUUUAGUAAUCACACUGGCUACGGCCAGGUUCAGGGAACGAAAUCCACUGCACAAGACAUAACUGCUCUGUAUGCUGGGCUGAAGCAAAACUACCUGACCGAUUUUGAUGUCCUGUUGUCUGGGUAUGCGCCUAGCGCUGCAGCCGUGGACGCUGUUGGUGAAAUCGCCAUGGACUUGCGCCGGAAAUCGCGCUCAAAACCGGGAUCAUUUUUCUGGGUUCUUGACCCGGUAAUGGGUGAUCAGGGACGGAUCUACGUGAACGAGGAUGUUGUACCUGCGUACAAAAGAAUAAUACCGCAUGCCGAUUUGAUCUUGCCAAACCAAUUUGAGGCAGAGCUCCUCUCCGGGAUAAAGAUAACCUACCUCUCCGAUCUCACUGACGCCAUCACGGCUCUCCACCGCAUCUACAAUGUCCCUCACAUCAUCGUGACCUCCAUCCAGCUGCCCUGCACAGCAGCAGACAGCACCACCUCUAACCCAGGAUCCUCGCGGCCCGACAACUUGAGCAUAGUCGGCUCCACCGCACGCUCCGACGGGAGUCCGCGCCUUUUCAAAGUGGAAGUUCCCCGCCUAGACUGCUUCUUCAGCGGGACGGGGGACAUGUUCGCCGCGCUAACUGUAGCACUGCUACGAGAAGCCGUGUUCGCCGCUGAUGCUCAAAAUGGUGUUGAGCGCGACUCAAACCCCAGCGCCACUAACAAGUCAACUGCACCCUCAUCAUCUCCACCCCCAUCAACCCCUCUCCUCCGCAAUACCCCCUCUUGGCAAUCUCCAGACACCGUCCCGGCCACCAGACUCCCCCUCGCCCAGUCCACCGUAAAAGCCCUCGCAAUCAUGCACUGUAUCCUCGAAAAAACCAUGCAGGAGCGAAGUGCUGAGCUAGCUCGGUAUCGACCGGAUCAUGACGAGGCGCAGCAAGCGGAGGACGCGGUUGAGUUUGCGGGACUGUCUGCUGCAGAACGCAAGGCGGCGCUGGAGAAGAGGGCGUAUCUGCGCGCGACGAAGGCGGCGGAGGUAAGGCUUGUGAGGAACGUGGAGUUGUUGAAGAGACCGGUUGGGGUGGAGUUUGUGGCGGAGGAGUGGAAGGCGUAA